AUGUUAUAACAAGAUAUGCAUUUUGUUUAUUCCUAGACCUAUGUUUAAAAAUUCGAUAUCACUAAUCCGGAUGGUGCUUAUACUAAAAUACAAACAGCAAAAAAUGCUAAUUUGGUAUUUGUAUCUGCGGGGUAGGAAGGAAUUCUUGUAAUUGAUACAAAAACAAACUAAGAUCUUGCAAGAGUUAGUUUUAAUGUUUAUGUAAAUACUUUAGAAGUCACUUCAGAUGGAAAUUUUGUAUUUCUUAGUUUCAAUAACACAGUUAAUAUUGCUUCUUUCGAAAGUAGAACUUCUUUGUAAUUUUUGAGCUAAUAAAAUUUCCCCACUAAUAUAACAGAUAUGGUAUUAGAUAAUUAAGAAAAAAUAUUGUAUGCUGUAGGUGUUGAUGGCUAUGUUGCUGCAUAUGACGUAUAAAAUAAAUAUAAAAUGAAUCAGCUAUGCGUCUUUAAUACUAAUUCAGUUACUGUUCAUAGAAUUAGAAUUUCACUAGAUAAUAAUUGGCUAAUAUUGGCAAAUGACUAAGUAGGACUUUAAAUUUUUAAAAUAAUAAUUACAAAUAGCACAAAUGAGAAUUAAUAAUAAACUCUUAAUAUUACACUUGCAGCAUAAGCUGCUGCUUUAUGGAAAAUAGUUGAUGCUGUGAUUACAGAUUAAAUGGAUUAUAUUUAUUCUAUUGAUAACUGGUAUGGAAUUUUUAUUAGCAAAUUCGAUAGUAUACUUAAUGCUGAUUAAUCUUAGUAUCCUAUUCAAAUAGAUAAUAUUAAUUUUUGGCCAUUUUUAACUUAUGUCCCUUCAACUUUUUGCUUAAGUUUGAUUUAAAAAAGUGACUAUUUAACAGUUGGACUAAGAUCUUAAGGUAUUUUUAUAUUUAACAUUUAAAACAGAGAAAUUCCUACUCUUUAUCAAAUUAUACCAGUGCCCUCUAAUUCGUUUUCUAUCGCUGCAUCUGUAAAUGAAGAUUAUAUUUAUUAUUCAAAUGCAGAGAGCAUAUAUGUUUUCUAAUAAGUCUCUUUAAAUUUAAAUGACAAUUAUCCUAAUUUGUUUAAUUUGCAGUAGUCUAUUUUUGGAUAAACUUCAUAAGCAUAUUAUAAAUGGAGGUGCUCAAUAAGAUAAAUUGGGUAGCAUUCUUACUUUUUUGGCGCAAUUGAUUUGUAUGGAUUUAUCAUUUUGAAUGUUACAGAUCCAUAUAGAUAUUAAUAAUUAUAUACUUACUAAUAUCAAUCAUCAAUUAUUGACUCAAUCGCACUUUCUUAAGAUUCUUAAUACUUAUUUGUACCAAUUUAAGAAAACAACACAUCUAUAAUAGUUUAUGAUGUCUCUGAUGUCAUUAAUCCACAAGAGGUUUUUCGUUUAAAAAUGUAAUAGACAAAUCAUGAUGAAGGUAUAUUUAUAUCAAAAAAUCAAAAAUUUAUUGCCCUGACAUUUGAUGAUGGAGCUUUGCUUAUAGAUUCAUCUAAUCUACCUUAAUUAUAUCUUCUCGAAUAUUGGAAAAAGUUUAGUUAUAUGAUAGGAGAAUGCUCAUCAGUUAUAGUUACAAACGAUAAUAAAUUUUUAGUUGGAGCCAUAAGAAGUUAUGGGUAUUUUUCAUUAAGUAUUAACCUAAAUAACACAUCUAAUAUUUUGACAUUUUAAUACACGUUAAAGACUUUAGGAGGAGAAGGCUUAAUACCUUCUAUGUACGAUGAUAGAUUCUUGUAUAUUUUUGAUGGUUCUAGAGGUAUCGGAGUUAUUGAUGCUACGCAGCUACCAGCUUUGGUUGUAAUUAGUAGGUUAGCUUUAAAUGGUUGGUCUAACUUAAUUGUUCCAAUCUAAUAAGAUAAAUAUUUUUUAGUAGCUUAAAACGAACAAGGAAUGGUAUCUCUUGUUGAUGCUAAUGACAAAUCUAAUUUGUUUUUAAUUUCUUAAUUUUUAAAAAACGGUCAAUCAGCUUAGUCUAUAUGCUUAUCUAUAGAUCAACAAUAAAUGUUUGUUAAUAAUAACUUAGGUACAUUAAUCAUGCCUCUUUAAAGCUAAAUUAGAUUACAUUCAGAGUUUUAGAUGGUAUCAGUAAAUAGCAGUGGAUAUACAAAUUACACAAGAUAUAGCAGUAAUCAGUUCCAAGUUGGUCAACAAAUUAAAAUGACUUUUGUUAUGAUUUAUCCCAUAGAAGGAGCUUAAAUCGUAGGAGCCUAAUACUAUUUAAAUUACAUAGUCUAAGAUCUUCCAUCUUGGAUUUAGUUUGAUCCUGUAAAUUAAAAUAUCUUUAUGACAAUAGAUAAAUAAGCACUUGGCACUUCAUUUAACGGAACUAAUUUAAAUAUGAUUCUACUCAAAACUUCUAUACCAAUUAAUUAAGACUAUUUCAUAUUUGAUCUAGAUGAUGGCUCUUCUACAUCUGAAGAAGAUUCAAUAGCAAUUUACAACACCUUAAGGUAGUAGGAAAUUAUUUCAAGCAAUGGUUAUUUAUCUAGCAACUUUGAUUAUACCAUAGAUAUGAGUAUAUCAAUAAAUGGAACAAUACUAUCUUCAUCUCUAGAGAGUGUUAUAAGAGAAAAGCUACAAAGAAGUGUAUUCGUAAACUAAAUUUCAUUCUAUGUAAGAUCGUCUCUCCAACUAAAUUUAACUAACUCUGUUGGUCCCCUAUAAAGUCUGUCUUAAAGUAUUCAGGUAUCAUUAUAAGUAAAUGAAUAAUAAGGUAAAUUUGUUUUAAGUAAUUACUAAGGAAUCAUUCUCUCAAGUUCAAAUUCGCAAAAUUAAAUAAUUUUAAAAGGUAAUCUAUAAAGUUUAAAUCAUGCUCUUUUAUAGCAAAUUAUAUUUUUUCCUCUUACUGAUCCAUCUAAGAUAUAGGUUACUAUAACACUUUCAGAUGAUAUAAAUUACUCUUAGUAAUAAACUUAUAUAGUUUCAGAGUGCCCCAUAAUUAGAUAAAAGAAAAAACUCUAAAGUAACACAAAUACAACAUUACAAUAGCAAUUUAAUCAAAAGUUUGUUGAUGGCAUAAUAAGUAUAUAGUAGCUAUUUUCUAUUGAUUUUGAGAUUAGCUCUUUUUUAGAUGAAGAGAGCUCAUAAAUCUAGUAUAAGGCAUAUUUUGUAAAUGAUGAUUCUUUAAAAGAAAUUUAAUCUGAAUCAUGGCUUUAGUUUAGAGUAAGUGCAGGUUUCUUUUCUUUUUAAGGUACUCCAAGCUCCUCUCAAUUAUACCAAGUAGUUCGAGUCAGAGUUUUAGCAGAUGAUGGAUAUUCUUCAGCUUAUGAUGACUUUGCUAUUACCAUAAAGGAUAUACCUUUUACUUAUGUUUUAAAUAUUCUUCUUUAAGUGCUAGGUCCAUUAUUUGCUCUUUUAAAAUUAUACUAUUCUAGAUAUUUAUUUCUUAAUUGCGUAUAUAAAAGUAAAGUAACUUUUUCUCAAGAAAAUGUUUCAGUAGGUAAACUUUACAUUAAAAAAUUUAUACUCAUGGGUGAUGAUAUGAAAAAAUGUAUAAAUCUUUUUUAGGGAUUUAUAUAAGAAGAGAAUAAAAAAAUAAAGGAAAAUGCUCUUAGUAAAAGUAAAUUAAGUAAAAAAGCUUCAUUUUCUUAAUCUAAAAUUAUUUCUUCUUAAAUGAAUACCAGCUCAGAAUUCUAAAAAAAGUCAAUAAUUGAUUAAGAUAAAGUGAAUCGCCUUGACAAUAAAGAGCAAAAACCUUCUAAUUAUUCAUAUUUAUUGAAAAAGUAUACAAGAGCUAUUUCAGAAUAACUUGAAAAGGCUAGUUUUAACUUGAAUUUAAAGUAACCAUCAUUUUCAGAUGAUUAAAUAAUGUAAAAUUAGUCAAGCGAAAUUAAAAUGGAAAGUAUUUUACAAUAAAUAAAUAAAUCUCAGAUUUCAUUUAAAUUAGGAGGAAAAAAAUAUUCACCAGAAUCAUUUAAAUUAGAUUUCAAGAAUACAGACUCCAGGAUAUACAAAGGUUUAGAAUCAUUGGCAGGAAGAUAUUUUUUGAAAAAGGAUUAAAAUUCUUAUAAUGUAUAUAAAUAUUUGAAGCUUUAUUCUAUGGAAUACUCAAUAUAUAAUAAGAAUGAUUGGUAUAAACAGUGGGUGAGUGUUUUUCCAAAUUAAAAAAAAGAUAUUUAUGGAAUUCAAGUACCUUUUCCAUCUUUAAGUCUUCAGGAGCAAGCAAUAAACUUAGCCUUGCAAAAAUUAAAUUCAAAAGUGACUAUUUCAAUAUCAUCAGCAUCACAAUUUGGGAUUAAUUUUAAUUUAAUUAAAACAGUUCUUUAUUCUGAUGCUCUUGGCUUAGUUGAUUACAUUCCUAAUUCAUUUAAUCCUUGUAUAGGAAUAUCAAUCCAUCUCCAUUCAUAUCAAAUAAAAGCAGUCUAAUCCUAUAAGUAGGUUACUCAUAGUAGGCUUUCUUAUGUAAGAAAAUUACUAAACAUGGAGUAUAGUGAGUAUGGUACUUCUAAAAACAGGAGCCUGCCUAACUGGCUAGAAUUAGAGCAUAAUAAUGGGGUUAUUCAGUUAAUAGGAAUACCUAUGUCAUAAGAUGCGGAAAAAAUACUAUUAAGAGUAAUUAAUUCUAAUGAUUUUGUAGUACAAUAAUUCUCUCUAUGCAUUGAUUAACAGGAUGAUUAAAAUAAAAUCCAACCUCAAAAUACACUUCAUGAAACUUUCAAUUUAGAUAAUGAUGAUUCAAAUAAUUAAAAAUCUGAAAUUAUUAAAAAAUUCUCAAUUUAUAGUAGAAUUUCAGAAAAAUCUGGAUUUCAUAAAUAAUAGUUGUAACUUAUAAAUAGUAAAUAAAUGAGUGAAUCACCAAUUAACCAACUUUCAUAUCUAUCAAGUUUACCUAUUGAUUGUAAGGAAGAAUCUUUAGUUUAUUUAAAUAGCUAUUAAUUAACAGAUUUAAAAAAUUAAAAUACUAGAAAAAGUAAUUUUUCAUAAGAUUAAAAACUUUAUGAAAAUAAAAAAUGUACCUCUAAUAUUACAUAAAGCGUAAAUAGUAAAUAAAAAGCUUAACUAUAAGCUAUACUUAGUGAUUCAGAUAAAAAUGAAGCAGCUUUUCCUUCAAAUGUAUAGAAUGUUGAAAAUUAGAGCCCAUAAUCAAAUAAUGAAAACAAAAAUCAUAUCUAAUUUUCAAGCAGCAUUGAUUUGGAUUCAUAAAGUGAAGAUAUACAAGUUUCAGAUGUUCCUCAAUUCUAAUAAUAACAAAUAAAUAAUAAAUAGAAGUAUAUGUAUAAAAAUCUAUAAAAAAAUAAAAUAUAUGAAGAGCAUUAGUGA